AUUUGAUAGGUUUCAGUUUUAGUUCAGAUGCUGUCAAGAUUGGUUCUACUUUCCGCUCUACUCGUCUUCCGUGUAGUACAAACAAAAGUUAUACAGGAAUGUGAGCAGAUAUCACAUCCAAACUAUGUGUGCCGCGAGAUUGAAAACUUUGAGCAACUAAGCCAGUAUAUACAAGAAGAUUGGCAAAGUGUAAAUGUUGUUAACGAACACACUGGAAUUGAAAAUGACGAUAAGCCACUCCCCAAGCUGUCGAGACUGCUUCAAUUGGACCUGUCACAGUCUGGAGGUAUGACGCUGGGCAGGUAUGGGUUCAGAAAUUUCGCAUCGCUGCAGCGACUCAACCUAACCCACUGUCAACUGGAAGAGCUGCGGUCAGAGCACUUUGCUGACAAUGCAAGCCUGGUCAAUUUGGAUGUCAGCCACAAUGACUUGCUGCUCAUUGAACGUGCUCUAAUGAGACAGUUGCCAAAUCUUGUCUAUGCCAACUUCUCAAACAACUUGAUAGCCAACGUAGAGUUCGAUGCCUUCAAGGCCCUUAGCUACUUGAAGUUUCUGGACCUCAACACCAACGAGCAGGAGAACAUCACCCUAGGCUCCAAUUCCAAUCUGCGUUAUUUGUCCAUUAGCAACAACAAUGUGAGAGAUUUUCAUUGGUGCUGUCUGCGCGGGCUUCCUCAGUUGCAAGAGCUGCAUUUGCACAGUAAUUGGCUAGAGGUUUUGGACAUGGGCAUCUUUUAUGGGCUGCCUCAGCUGCGUGUGCUCAACGUAUCCAGUAAUAAUAUCUAUGAAAUUCAGCGACAUUUAUUCGUGGGUCCGGCUCCUGAUGUUGAUCCAUUGCUGCGUGUGCUCGACUACAGCUCCAACAAUGUAAAGGCACUGGAGGAUUAUGUGUUCAACAGGCUGCAUCAUCUGGAAACACUCAACCUCUGGUUCAAUCAGAUCAGCAAGAUCUCUUCAAGUGCGUUUCGGGGCUUGACUAUUUUACAAUCUGUGCAGCUGCAGGGCAACAAAAUCUUCCAGUUACCCGAUGAGGUCUUUGCCAAUUUGACGGCAUUGCAGGUGCUGGACUUGAGCAAAAAUAACAAAAGGCAACUGGAUGCCAAUGUCUUUGGCGGCUCCGUCCUUAGAAAUCUAAGCUUUCUUGAUCUGAGCAACAAUAACAUUGACCAACUGCAUCCGCUGGCCUUCUCCUCACUGCCCUUCCUGCAGUAGCUGCGACUGCGGCGCAACAAGUUGACUUUACUGGACAUACGCAUGUUUGCGCCACUGCGUCGGCUGCGGGUGCUGACUCUGAGUGAGAACAGGCUAAUGGAAAUCGAGGCUGAUUUGCUAAGUACCUUUGACAAGUUGACUGAGCUGCAAAUCAACAACAAUCGGCUGACAUAUCUGCCUGUAUUGGAGGAACAGCUGCUGUCGCAAUUGCGCCACAUCAGCGUCGAGGGUAAUCCCUGGCAGUGCCUGUGCCUGGACGCACGCCUAGUUAGCUAUGCGACGGCUGCCAGCGCCUAUUACCAGGGCCGGAAACCGCUCUGUAUAGUCACGCCCAUGGAACAAUGCGUGAGGGACUUGGAGGCGGUGCGCAAGCACGGAAUUGUCGAGAGCUACGAGCAGACUUGAGGCGGCAAAGGAGCAAUAAAUCAAUAUCACUAAAUGAUAGUCAAGUCGCUAAAUGGGAGAGGGCCAGCUGAGUUGACUAGUGGGUGGGUGGCCCAGCCGAAUAGCCUUCGUAAAUCACAGACAAAUGAAUGACCAUCAGGCGCAAAAGUUUUGCAAGCCAAAGUAUUUGGCCAACUGCCGUAAAACAAUAAAACAAAAUGCGGCCGAAGAGCAAAGCACAAGUACAGCAAAACAGAGCAUGAGUCUAGGGGCAGAGGAGAGGGCCCAUAGAACAGCACAGAUUUUCAAAUACUUAACACCACUUAAGCGAACAGUUGGACAAUGACAACGACAAGUGGAUUUUGCGGGUGGGCGUGCAGGCGGGGUACACAUUGAUUGUUGAGCGUAAUUUAACGUAAGAAUUUUUAUUAAAAUUCUCAAAUUGUUUGCAUACAAAAGUUUGUGCUUGCAGUGAGCGGCCGGCCGACUGGCCAGGACUUAAUGAAUAAAUGAUUGAUUGAAUAAGCGUGAGUAGGAGAUCGUGUGGCGUUUGUUGUGUGAGUACAACGGAAGGAAACUUCCGGUGGCUCGAAAAACAUGGGAAAUUGAAUUGUUAGUGAAUUUUCAAGAUAACAUGAUUGAGCGAAUGAGUUGAA